UCCUGGUCGUCAGAGCUGCUUAAUAUGGCUGCCUCCAUCGUGCCUCGGUGUCUUCCUGCAGCAAUAGUAAUAGCUCUCUUAUUGGGUUGCUGUAGUUUAGCGAUCGCAGACGGAUUCCAGGAUCAAGCAGAACAGUUUUUUAGAAGUGGGCAUACAAACAACUGGGCAGUUUUGGUGUGCACAUCUCGAUUCUGGUUUAACUACCGCCAUGUGGCCAAUACCCUUUCAGUUUACAGAAGUGUCAAGAGACUGGGCAUUCCUGAUAGCCAUAUAGUCUUGAUGCUGGCAGAUGAUAUGGCAUGCAACCCACGAAAUCCAAGCCCAGCUACUGUUUUUAGUCACAAAAACAUGGAACUGAAUGUCUAUGGAGAUGACGUGGAAGUGGAUUACCGAAGCUAUGAGGUUACUGUGGAAAAUUUUCUGCGAGUAUUAACGGGCAGAAUCCCAGCAAGCGCACCUCGCUCAAAGCGUCUGCUUUCUGAUGACAGAAGCAAUAUUCUUAUAUAUAUGACAGGUCAUGGCGGGAAUGGUUUCUUGAAAUUUCAGGAUUCUGAAGAAAUCACAAAUGUAGAGCUUGCAGAUGCCUUUGAACAAAUGUGGCAGAAAAGGAGGUACAACGAGUUGCUGUUUAUUAUUGAUACGUGCCAAGGUGCAUCCAUGUAUGAACGAUUUUAUUCUCCCAAUAUAAUGGCUUUGGCUAGUAGCCAAGUUGGAGAAGACUCACUUUCACAUCAACCAGAUCUUGGGAUUGGAGUUCAUUUGAUGGACAGAUACACAUUUUACGUCUUGGAGUUCUUGGAAGAAAUCCAUCCAGCUAGCCAGACCAAUAUGAAUGACCUUUUUCAGGUGUGCCCUAAAAGUUUGUGUGUGUCUACACCUGGACAUCGGACAGAUCUGUUUCAGAGAGAUCCUGAAAAUGUUCUGAUAACUGAUUUCUUUGGAAGUGUACGAAAAGUAGAAAUUACAACGGAGACCAUUUCUCUGGAUCCUAAUUUAGCACCUCAAGAGACCAGCCAUGCUGUGGAUGAAGUAACAACGGAGGCAUUAAAAUAUGCAGAACAACUUCCUGUAGCACAAAUAAUACAUCAGAAACCAAAACAGAAAGACUGGCAUCCUCCCGGAGGGUUUAUCUUAGGACUCUGGGCGCUCAUUAUCAUGGUCUUCUUUAAAACCUACGGAAUCAAACACAUGAAACACAUCUUUUAGACCCUGAGAGCAAUCAAGAUGUCUUGCUCUGAAUGCAUCCUUGAAUAAAAAUGAGGUCUUCUACCAGAAAGUACUUCUCCUCCACCACCCCGCUUGUUAUGAUACUUGCACAUUUUUACUUUGUGUUUUGUAUUGUUAAAUGCAGCUGUUUAAUACCCAUUUUGAACGCAUUUUAUAAAACUUCCAAGGACACAGAGGCCUCCUGCCGGUGAGAUCCUUCCCUCCUUCUCCUCCAUUGAAAUGAAUGAGCAACCUAACAUACAGGAGUAAAGGCACUCCAAAGAGGUAAAAGCAGGCUUCAUCUUAUCUAAGUUUGCUUCAGGGAGAAAAGUAUUUGCAUCUACUAUACAGGGAGUAUUCAGGGUGGCAUUGCCCUGCACUGCAGAACAAAUUGUAAGUUGUAAAAAUAUUAUUUUCUCUCCUCUUCUUCUUCUUCUUCUUCUUCUUCUUCUUCUUCUUCUUCUUCUUCUUCUUCUUCUUCUUCUUCUUCUUCUUCUUCUUCUUCUUCUUCUUUCAUUACCCCCAUCACUGAAAUGAAGGUCUAGACAGUAUGCAGAACCUUAUUUAAGAUGUCAUUUUAUCAAUAUAGACUUAAGUCACUUUGCGGACUUUUGCAGUGACAUAUUGAACACUUGCUCAACAGAAACAAAAAUACCAUAGGAAAUAUUGAUUUUGCUCUGUUAAAUACAGCCCUUUAGAUCAAUCCUUUUACCUAGGGCAGUUUUGCUUCUUCGAUUCCAAGAAUGAUUAGAAUUGAAAAGAAAGAAGGCCCAAACAAUGUAUUUCCUGGAUUUACCUGGUGAGAGAGCCCACCCACUGCCUCGUGUUCAGCAGAAGGAUAUGCUGUCUGACUUUCCAAAAUCACUUUAUGUUCUUCAGUAUCUUGUUAAGAGGAACAAGUUGUUAAAAACAAGAUUCAUGAAAAAAAUCCAUUAGGACUAUGUACUUGAAAACUGAGCUAUACAUUUUGUUGUCGGGUGUAUUAUUUAUUUGUUCUUUGUGUUCUGCUCUUCAUGAAUUAAAUCUGUUCACAGAGAAAAUAAAAGUAGGAAGAAGAAUGGCUUGCUGCAGAAUGAUUUGGGGUGGACCAUAAUAAGUGUUAUGCAAUCAAAUUUAUUGGUUACUAAAUAUGUCCUCAUAUGGAGUGACUCCAAUAUGGAAGAUUGCCACAUUAGAGCAUGUUGAAUUUUUGAACUUUUGAAUUCCAAAAAUGAGGAGUGUUGAAAAGUUGUAACAUGACUUGGGAAUUCCAAAGAUAUUUGGUUAAUUUAAUAUAAUUUAGUGUUGCUUAGUAAGUAAAAUGUGUGUAAAAUUGCGUAGAAAUAAUUAAAAAUGAUUGCCAAGUCCUUUCAGUUAAUUUGUUUGUUUGUUUGGCAUUACCUGACCUUUUCAGAAAGUAAAAUGACAAUUCUUUGGUUUUCUGAAAGCUCCUCUGAAGGAAGAUGCAGGGUAUAAAUCUAAAUAAUAAAUAAAUAAAGUGGAACCCAAAAAACCCCUUUCAGUCUGAAGUGCCGUAGCAACAGUUAUCUCUCUCAGGUGAGCGCGAUGCAGUUUCUGUUCCACAAGCACAAUACGUUGGUAAGUAUGCCAUACUGUUCUGUGGAAUGAAACGGAAACAUACAAAACAGACUUUAUCAAUGGCAGUGUUAGCUGUGUAUGUUUAUUGUCCUUCAGUCCACUCAGCAUCAUACAGAGGUGAGUGGGCAAUAUGUGAGGUUAAAAAAACCCCUGUUACUUCUAAGUACUGUUUUAUGAGGCAUUGAAGACAUCAGGCUGGAUCCAAAGAUGUUCUUCCUUUUGCAAAAUGCUGCCUCUUCUCAUGGAAGAGCCUUUUCUGAUCUAGGAAAGAAAUGCUACAUCAGAAGUGGCCCAAAUCCAGAGAGACACUUGCACAAGACUGCAAGAGACUUUUGCCCAAAUCUUGUUCUUUCUUUGUCGGCACUAGAGCAGUGGUUCUUCACCUUUUAGGGGGUCAUGGGCCUCUUUGAUAAUUUGAUGGACCCCUACCCAAUAAAUUUGAUAUGAAAAAGUUUUUUUCCUCCACUAACACAAUUUUCAAAGUAUCAGGGAGAAAAUAGAAGAGCAUCCCUUCUUUUGCACCUGGUUCAUGGAUCGUCUAUGGACCAAAGGUUAAGAACCUUAGCCCUAGUGUGUAUAUGUUUUUUAGCCUUUCCUAAUCUCUUUCCUAAAAAAUGGUGCUUCUCUUACUGUAACAUACCCUGAUGUAUAGUGCACUGCACUGAGAAAAUACUCUGUUGGAUUGUGGAAGAGUUUACUGAACAGCACCAAUACAUUUCCCCCAUUUCACUCACAGUUCUUUGGCCCACACCUCAAUAAGCUGGAUGGCUCAGUAAUGGGAGACUGAUAAACUUGGUUCAAAUAAUUUCCUCAGCAUAGCCAAUUCAUCUGUUACCGGGAAGUGAGAAAUAACCUUCUUUCUACACCUCUUGAUAAAGUUUAUGAAUAGAUGGUUGCUGAGAAUACUUGGCCAGGAAAGCCUGGGUCAGAAUGACACCCAAGAUAAUCUACUCAUUGUGAAUACAAUCACAGGCUUCUUCUAGGCCACAAUGAGCAUAAAAUGAGCCAUCUUGCCUAUACUAUCUUUAAGAAAAUGUCAGAAAAUGGGAAAAUAACUCACCUUUUUAGAGGUAGGUACACCUGCAAACCCAUGAUGAUCAAAGGCACCAUUUUGUCAGAUUUGUGGAUGAAAAGAAAGCUUUAUUCUCAGGAAAGUUGGCCCGGAAUCCUUUGCAAGCAGUUACCUCAAAUUUAGAAAAUUAAAAACAAAUGCACAAAGUGUUUAGAGGAAUUUAAGUUCUGAAAAGGUUUUUUUUAAUGAAGUAUACCGAUACACCAUUUUCUUUACAUUGAAUUAGUCUUUAAAGGGCCAUCUAUGUAUAAUUCCUUGAUUCAAGUAUGUGACAGUGAUUCCAUCUUUCUUUUUUCUUUACAUUCACAUUUAUCAUAUUUUAUAAAUCUAACGAUAAAUGUGUUUUAUGGACAGAAGUUGUCACAUUGACAGUGAAUUUAAUAAAGCCCUGUUUCACUUGCGAUUGAACUCUGUCAUCCUCACUUUGUAGGCCUCAUAUGGACCUCUCGUUCAGCCUAAAAAACUGCCCAUCUGAGUAAAAGCAGCAGACUUUGGAUGGAUUCUGAGGAGACGUGGAGAUACAAGUCAAGACGUCCUUCUGAAAAGAUAAUCUGCUUAGGGAAAAGAGGCAAUUAGGUGGGUUAUUAAAAUACAAUUUAUGAAACGGAAAAAGCAGUAAGUAUGCCGGCAAAGCUGAUUAACAGAGGUGAGAAAAGCAAUUAGAUUGAAAUGCAGCAAUCCAUGCUCAAUGAGUCUGAGGGUAUGAUUCUUUGAUGCACAGAGAAUGGAAAGCAAUUGGAUUGUAACAUCCACAAUCUUUUCCUUUUUGGCGCUUGAGGGUCCAGCAGCUUAUUGUUGAACGCAUCUAAUAUUCUUGCGAGCACAUUCUAAUGAGGUGUAUAGCAUUCAAGGUCUGAAGGUCUACAGUGUUGGUGAAAUCUAUUGCAACCAAACUGGGUUGCUAGAUGCAUCACAGUAUGCAAAGUUAUCACAGAACACAGAAUGGGCUGUAGGUAGCUUAUGGGGCCAAAACAUUACAUUUCAGAACAGCCCAACGAGGGCUGUGCAUGCUUAGGGGCCACAGAAUACAAAAUAGAGGGUGGGGAAGAAGAAGGUGUGGAAUGGAGUGUCAUAGGAUAUGGCUAGAACCUUGAACAACCUGUCUGUUACAGUCAACUGACCAAAGUAUAAAAUACAAAAUCACAGCCUCAGUAGAACCAGUUUAUUAACACUGACAAGUGAAUAAUGAAUGAUCAUAGCCUGUAUGAGAGAUAAAGCAUUCAGAUAUUUUGCUGCCUGUUCAGUAACAGAUUUAUUAGUCCUCUCAAGGAAGGAAGAUACUCAGAAAUACCCUUUUUGAUCAACCAGGAAAAUUUCUCAUAAGAGGCUAAAUAAUGUGUUCUCCAAGCCAUUGAUAAAAUCUACAGUAGAAGAACAGGUGAAAGGCCAUUUCGAUUUCUGCAGCUAUCCUGGAAGGGAACCUUGGGAAAUCUGCCCUCUACGAUCUUCUUACAAGGUUGGCUUGCUCUGGUACAAUGUUCAGUUCCCCUGAAGCCUGAUACAGUAAGUGAUUGUGAUUACAACUUUGUGCAUUCGUUCCUUAGAAUACCAUUUUAAUCUUAGCAUGAGUUAUAGGAAGUGAUUCUGGUUUCCAGUCUGGCUGAAAAAAAUGAAUAUUGAAUGUCCGGGCCCAAUUCUCGAACACUCGUUUUUCUGUGAUAAAACGAUGAUGACUGCCCUUUCUUCCCCGUUCAUGUGAAAUGUACAUUGUACAUUCAUCGGGUCCUACAGGUUCGUAAUAAUGAUAAGGUACUGAAGGAUGAUUAGGAACCCUGCAGAAGGAAAGAGAAAAUAGAUUGAAAGCCCAGAUGUACAAUUGAAAAGAGAUGGUAUCAUUAAUACGGUAAGCCGAUAGGUUCAAAAUCCUCCUCCUCCUUUUGGUCCCCAUUCAAGCUGAAUUUUGAAUAUUUUUCAAAAAAUAGUAAAUGAAGCAUUUUUGAAAUUAUUUUCCUGAAUCUUACUAAAACAUUGCUACUCUAAAAGAAGGCAGUUGAGUGUGCUGGGAGAAUUUGCCACAUUGUUACAUUGAGCAUGUGAGAGCUUGGUGCUUGAAAUAGGUAUAUGUUUAGCUUAGAUUUUGAGAAAGAACCUGCAGAGGCAUUCAGAGGAACAGGCUACCGAAUGGAAAGCUGACUCCAGCCCUUUGAUUCUGCAAUUCAAACACAUGAAAAUCCUUCCAGCAUGGCACAUAGGAUAAAAGCACAUUUCACUGUAGCCCUAGCUGUGGGAUGUCAGUAGCCAUUGUCAUGUGAUUUUUAAUGGGAAUGGAAGUUAUUUACAAAGAAAAUUUAAUUUGGCAGUAGUCAUUUUAAUAUUUUUGCAUGUGAACAUUAAAACAGCUAACUACUGUACUGCCGUGUGUGUGUGUGUGUGUGUAUAAUUUAGGGCACAGCAUUUAGAAGAUCUGCUCAAAUCAUUUUAGCCAUGAAUUGGUUCAAAUGCAUUUCCUCUCUGUGUCAGCUGUAGAUUCUUGGAAGAAAAGUGCCUGCAUUUAAUUCCAGCGCCACUUCAGCAAAGAAGAAAUAGUGAGUGACCUGUACUUGUUUGCUUUUCUCUGUGCGUUUUAAGGCCGGUAACUUUGGUACAGUUUUCUCCAUCUUACCGAAGUCGUGUCCAAUUUAAGAAAACAAAAACUA